AUGGCCCCCGUUACGGAAAUCAGAUACCUUUCGUCUGGCUGGCGUUUUAAACGAAGCGAUGAGAACGACUCAUCUUGGGCACCAGUGGCUUCUGUUCCAACAGUCGUACAUCUUGAUUUAAUGAGAAAUGGACGGAUCGAUGACCCAUUUCUUGAUAUGAAAGAAGUGGAUGUCGAAUGGGUGGGAGAGCACGCGUGGACAUAUUCCACCACUUUCCCUACACCUCACCUGCUUGAGGGAUCGAAGUGCUAUCUUAUUUUCGAGGGCUUGGAUACAUUCGCUGUCGUCACGCUCAAUGGAGCAACAAUUCUUGAGAGUGAUAACAUGUUCCUCAGCCACCGCGUUGAUAUCAGCACUGCUGUGAAGCUCCACGGUGAGAAUAUCUUGACAAUGAAUUUCGACAGCGCACUUCUUCGUGGAAGAUCGAUUGAAAAAGAGAAUCCUGAAUAUCGGUUUAUCGCACACAAUGGCGAAACUGGAAGACUGGGUGUUAGAAAAGCCCAAUAUCACUGGGGUUGGGAUUGGGGGCCUGUCUUGAUGACCUGCGGUCCAUGGAGGCCAGUACGGCUUGAAAUUUCCCAGGCUUAUGUGGAGCAGUUGAGGAUUGAUUACGACUUGGACGAAAGCCUAUCCUCCUUGAAAGGCAAAGUCAACGCCGUGAUCAACGGGCAAAUUGACGGGGUAAAUCUUGUAUUAUCGAUUGGUGGAGAGGGGGUUUUUCGUAAAUCUUCCUCCAUUGAUUCAUCAGACGCGGUAGUGGAAUUCAAAUUGGACCAACCCGGUCUGUGGUAUCCCCACGGCUAUGGUGAACAAAAUUUGUAUGAUGUGUCGCUUGAGCUUGUCAAAGAAGGCACAAUAAUACAUCGUGAACAGCGCCGAGUGGGAUUUCGCAAAGUAGAGCUCGUGAGAGAUGACGAUCAAUACGGACAAUCAUUCUACUUUAAGAUCAACAACGUCGAUAUUUUCUGUGGUGGGAGCUGCUGGAUUCCAGCGGACAAUUUCCUUCCACGACUCACGCCAGAGAAAUACAGAAAAUGGUUGCAGACUAUGAUAGAGGGCAAUCAGAUAAUGACUCGAGUCUGGGGAGGUGGUAUCUACGAAGAUGAUGCGUUCUACGACUCUUGCGACGAACUCGGAAUUCUUGUCUGGCAAGAUUUCAUGUUUGGAUGCGGUAGUUAUCCUACUUGGCCUGAUCUUCUUGAUUCUAUUCGUCGUGAAGCAACACAAAAUAUUCGUCGUCUAAGACACCAUGCUUCAAUUGCUAUUUACGCCGGAAACAAUGAAGACUAUCAAAUCCAAGAAAAGUACUGCCUUGACUAUGACUAUCAGAACAAGGACACGGAUUCGUGGCUUCGUGGGACCUUCCCAGCACGAUUUAUUUAUGAGCAUCUGCUUCCCACUCUGUGUAAUGAGGAACAUCCAUCCGUUCCAUAUUGGCCGAGCUCCCCAUUCUCCAAUGGGAAACAUACCUCUGACUUGACAUGUGGCGACGUCCACCAGUGGAAUGUCUGGCAUGGUACUCAAGAAAAAUAUCAAAAGUUCCCAGAUAUAGGUGGACGAUUCAACAGCGAAUUCGGCUUAGCCUGUCAUCCCAACUUACAGACAAUUAAGCAUUUUGUCACAGAGACUUCAGAGAUGUUUCCACAGUCUCGUACUCUCGAUUUCCACAACAAGGCUGACGGCCAUGAGCGAAGAAUCGCCACAUAUAUUGUCGAAAACUUUCGACUCGAAUCUUCCCUUGAGGGGUAUAUCUAUCUGACCCAACUGGCUCAGGCAGAAGCUUUAGCCUUCGCUUAUCGAGGCUGGCGUCGCCAAUGGGGUGAGAAAAGGCGCUGUGGAGGUGCACUCGUUUGGCAAAUAAAUGAUUGCUGGCCAUCGUCUUCAUGGGCGAUUGUUGACUACUUUUACCGCAAAAAACCUGGUUUCUAUGCCGUCAAGAGAGCCCUUGAGCCAUUGACUGUUUCUGUACAGCGUGAACACACAGAUUGGAGUGUAUGCCACGCAAGAGCACCAAAAAGCUCCUCUUAUAAAGUCUGGGUUGCCAAUAGCAAAACUGUCGAUGUCAUAAGUGAUGUCGAAUUGCGUUUUAUAUCCAUCGAGUCAGGCCAAGAUAUCAAGGAACCGCUUAUCAGAAAAAACUGCAGUAUCACUGCAAAUGGGACUACAGAUAUACUAGACGGCAUCAUAUCCAAUGCAGAAGAGCCGCCACAUGUUCUUGCGGCGCGCCUCAUUCAGAAUGGGACUGUAACGUCCCGAGACGUCGACUGGCCGCAGCCAUUUAAAUACUUCUCGUUCAAGGAUCGUGCCGUUCAAAUUGAGGCAAGGAACGACUCUUUUCUUGUGUCUGCGUCGAAGCCGACCAAAUGCCUUGUGAUAGAGGAACAGGAUGAUAUAACACUCAGCGAUAAUGGCAUCGACUUGGUCCCAGGCGAAACACAGAUCAUCCGGGCAACGGGAUCAGGCAAGCUAGCGGCGAAUCCCCGUUACCGUUACUUAGGGUUUGAAUAG